UCGGCGUCAAGCGAACAUGUUCCGCUAAUUGAAACGAUUGUCACAGAAUCGAAUGCCCUGACUUUCAGUGCUAGUUAGGUGCUGCGGGCGGCGUCGCCCACUCAGCCAUGGGGGCACGAGGCCUCAUCCUCGGCGCACUGCUCUGUGCCGGCUGCCUGGGCGCCGUGGCGGGGCAGGCGCUCUUCGUCCGAGAGGAGACUCUAGCGCAGCUCAGAGACACCAGGAGCACAGCGUCGCAGACAGGCAACUUCAACAACAAUAACAAUAAUAACAAUUUUAACAACAACCAGCGGCCCGGCCGGUCCGGCGCUAACGUCAGCAGACGGAACCCACAGCGGAGGGCUCCGGCCGCCGAGGACGUCGCACAGCAGCCCCAGAACGACAGGGCGAACCAGCUGCCCUGGGACCAGAGCCACCACCGGCGGAGGCCCGUCCAGGACAACGCCGAGGAGCAGGACUUCCUGAGGACCUCCGCGUCGCAGUACCCCCGGCAGCAGUACCAACAGCAGUUCACGUCCAGCGCCGCUGCCCAGAAGACCCCCAGUUCCAGAAGGGGCAGGUCAAGCCCUUCAAGAGCCAAGACUACGACGACAACGACGGGCAGUUUAACAACUUCAACAGCAGGAACCAGUACAACAACAACCAGUUUGGCGCCAACAACAACCAGUUCGGAGCCAACAACAAUCAGUUCGGUGCGAACAACACCAGUUUGCCACCAACAAUAACCAGUUCGGCAACCAGUUUGGAAGUAGCAACAACCACUUCAGUAAUCAGU